UUAUGGAGCGCUUAUGAUCGAUUCAACUAUGAUUGAUCCGGCAAUGAGCGGUACUUUUCAAAAUCACAGUAAUGCUACUAGAAGUCCCAUCAUUGGUUCAAAGCUUCAUGAGACUAGUGCUUCCCAAUCUGCGCCAGCAAAUUCUACUCCCUUGAAGCAGAAAAGCAGCUUGUGUGUCGAUGAAAAACCCUUUAUGCAUUUGCUUUAUAAGGUCUUGAUUUCUGUGUCAGAAAAGAACUCCGUCAUUUUGUACAUCAGGGAUGCUGACAAGAUUUUUCUCCAAUCAGAGCAACUUUAUAAUUUGUUUCAUGAAAUGCUAGGGGAACUUCCAGGGCCAGUGCUCAUACUUGGUUCCAAGAUCUCAGGCAAAACCAAAAGCCCUGGUGAGGGAGGCAAAAUUUGUAUCUGA